AUGGCUGAUUACAUGUGGGAUGUGGUUACAUAUUUUGGGGAUAAAAAUGACAUUCUUGAUGCUAUCAAAUCUUAUGGAGUAGAGAAUGGAAAAAAUUUAAAAAUUGUUAAAAAUGAUAGAAAAAGAGUAAGGGUUAAAUGUUUGGGAUCAAAUGGACAAUGUCCGUGGGUGGCAUACUUUGGUUUCAUGGAUGCAGUGAAAUCAUGGCAACUAAGAACUAUGGUUGACAGCCAUACAUGUAGUAGGGAACACAAGUUGCGGCUAUUCAAUGCAAAAUGGCUUAGUAGAAAAUUGCAAAAAACAAUAAGAGAUAAUCCUAAUGUAAAGGGCGUUGAAAUUAGAGAUAAAUUUAGUAGGAAAUGGAACAUAGCAAUAUCCAAGAACAUGGCUUACAGGGCCAAAGGCCAUGCAUCAGAUGAAGUGGAAGGGUCCUUCAUUGAGCAAUAUAGGAGAAUUUAUGAUUAUGCACAUGAGUUAUUAGCAAGAAAUCCUGGGUCCACAAUAAAGGUGCAAGUUGAUCCAGUUAAUGGCAAACCAAUCUUCAGGAGGUUUUAUGCAUGCUUAAAGGCAUGUAAAGAUAGCUCUGUCUCAUGCAGGCCAAUUAUUGGCCUUGAUGGAGCCUUUUUGAAAGGCAGACACCAUGGUGAGCUACUAACUGUUGUGGGUCGAGAUGCUAACGACCAAAUGUUGCCACUAGCAUAUGCAAUAGUAGAAGUUGAGAACAAGGACACUUGGACAUGGUUUCUGGAGCUGUUGAUUGANGACUUAGGUGGUCCANAUGUGUGUUCUGGUNUUACAAUCAUGUNAGAUCAACAGAAGGGUCUAAGACAAGCAGUUCAAGAUGUUGUUCCUGGAGUUGCACAAAGAUUCUAUGUAAGGCAUUUAUAUGCCAACUUCAGGAAGAAAUUUCCUAGAAAGAAUCUGAAAAAGCUCAUGUGGAGGGCAGCUUUAGCUACUCACCCACAACAAUGGGAGAAUAUCAUGAGAAGUAUCAAAGAGGUGAAUGAAGAUGCUUUUCGACACCUCAUGAGCCUUCCUCCAAGGUUUUGGUCUAGAUCAAGGUUCACAAGCACAACUACAUGUGAUACCUUGGUGAAUAAUAUGUCAGAAGCAUUCAAUAGUGUUCUGGUCAAUACAAGGACAACAACCCACUUCAUUGGCUAA